AAAAGAGUGCCAAAUUAAUGGACUUUGCUUCUCAUGUUUUGUAGGAAAACCAAUACAGGCUGCUGUUGCUAAAUCUCUAGUUUCUUUCACAUUUGAAUCUUCACUCGUCUUUGUUUAGAAUCUGUAGCUUUGGUAUUGAGGGUAAAAAGGAAGGAAAAUCAUGAAGGUUCAUGAAAAGAGGUCUCAUUCUCAUGCACAUGGAACUGGUGAUGAAGAGAAAAUCAUGACAAGAAAGCAGAAAGCAGACCAGUUGAAAAGCAAUGAAGGAAAGGAAUCUCCAAAGAAACCCAAGGUGGAGGCUGAUAAUGAUCAACAUAAUGGAAAAGCUACAACUGAGGUGGCUAAAGAGUUUGAAGAGUUUUGUAAAUCUGUGAGGGAGCACUUAUCUGUUGCACAAAUGAGGGAAAUCCUUGAAGCUAAUGGCCAGGAUUCAUCUGGUUCUGAUGCUUCUGUUGUCAUCAAAUGCCUCGAUAUGUUGUUCUAUGGACCAUUGGAGAAGUGCCAAAUCUGCAAUGGGGAUUUGGAGUUUGAUGGCAACCGCUAUUCAUGCAAGGGAACUUACAGUGAGUGGUCCUCUUGUGUAUACAAAACAAGAAGCCCAGCAAGGAAGCAAGAACCAUUAAAAUUGCCCGAUUCUGUCCUGAAUUCACCUGUUGCUGAAUUGGUAAAGAAGUACGAGGAUCCAAAACUCCGGCCUCACCGAUAUGUAGGGGUCACUGACAAACCUUUCUUGGGAAUGAUGAUUUCCCUGAUGGGCCGGCUUAGUCGCACACAUCAAUACUGGAAAACCAAGAUAGAGAAACAUGGAGGGACAGUCUCCAACUCAGUCGUUGGUGUAACUUGCUUGGUUGCUUCUCCUGCUGAACGAGAGCGUGGGGGCUCAUCCAAACUGGUAGAAGCAAUGGAAAGAGGGGUACGAGUGGUGAGUGAAGCUUGGUUACUUGACAGCAUUGAGAAGCAAGAAGCACAACCAUUAGAAGCUUAUGACAUAGUUACAGAUCUUGCUGUUGAUGGCAAAGGAAGUCCAUGGGAUAAACAAGUUCCUGAAGAACAUGCAAUCGAAUCACUUUCAGCUGAACUCAAGUUGUAUGGAAAAAGAGGAGUCUACAAGGAUACUAGAUUGCAAGAGCAAGGUGGCCAAAUAUUUGAGGAAGAUGGGAUAUUAUACAACUGUGUCUUUUCGCUUUGCGACCAAGGAGGAGCCAUUAAUGAGUAUUGCAUUAUGCAACUGGUCAAAGUACCAGAUAGUAACCUCCACUUGUACUACAAGAAAGGGAGAGUAGGAGAUGAUCCUAAUGCCGAGGAGCGGCUCGAGGAAUGGAAGGACGUAGAUGGUGCUGUGAAGGAGUUUGUUAGGCUGUUUGAGGAAGUAACAGGAAAUGAAUUUGAGCCAUGGGAAAGGGAGAAGAAGUUUCAGAAGAAGCCACUGAAAUUUUAUCCCAUAGACAUUGAUGAUGGGGUUGAUGUGAGAUGUGGAGGACUUGGCCUGCGACAGCUAGGGGUUGCAGCAGCACAUUGUAAACUUGAACCGAUGGUUGCAAACUUCAUGAAGGUUCUUUGCGGUCAGGAGAUUUACAAGUAUGCACUGAUGGAGAUGGAUUUAGAUGCCCCUGAUUUACCAAUGGGGAUGCUCUCUAAUGUUCAUUUGAAAAGAUGUGAAGAGGUUCUACAAGAGUUUAUAGAAAAAGUGAAAUCAAUGAAAGAAUCUGGACCUAAAGCAGAGGCAGUUUGGUCAGACUUUAGCCAAAGAUGGUUCACCCUGAUGCAUUCUUCCAGGCCCUUCAUCUUCAGGGACUAUCAAGAGCUUGCAGAUCAUGCUGCAGCAUCAUUCGAGUGUGUUCGAGACAUUGUUGUGGCAUCCCAUAUGAUUGGACACAUGGGUGAUGAUACUCUUGAUGACCCAUUGUCUGAUAGAUACAAGAAAAUAGGAUGCUCAAUUUCUCCACUGGAUAAAGAUUCCGAGGACUACAAGAUGAUCCUCAAUUACGUGGAAAAAACUUAUGAACCUGUCAAGCUUGCAGACAUUGAAUAUGGGAUCUCAGUUGAGAACAUCUUCAAUGUGGAAACUAAGGAAGGCCCCUCGUUUGAUAAAGUAAAAAAGCUGCCAAACAAGAGACUCCUGUGGUGCGGUACUCGGAGCUCGAACCUGUUAAGGCAUUUGCAUAAAGGCUUCCUGCCAGCAAGCUGUUCUCUACCAGUUCCAGGAUAUAUGUUCGGGAAGGGCGUAGUUUGUUCUGAUGCUGCAGCAGAAGCUGCCAGGUAUGGCUUCACUGCUGUAGACCGGCCUGAAGGGUUCUUGGUUCUCGCUGUGUUUUCACAAGGUGAAGAAAUUGUGGAGCUCAAGAACCCGCCGGAGGAUACUAAAACAUUGGAAGAGAAGAAAGUGUGUGUGAAGGGACUGGGGAGAAAGAAACCAGAUGAAUCAGAAUAUAUAGAUUGGAAAGAUGAUAUCAAAGUCCCUUGUGGCAGUUUGAUCCCCUCAGAACACCAGGAUAGCCCUCUCGAAUAUAAUGAAUACACAGUCUAUGAUCCCAGACAGGUGAGCAUGAGGUUCUUGGUGGGAGUGAAGUUUGAAGAGAAGGAUACAGUGAUGGACGCCCAGGAUUGAAGGAGGGGAAUAUCAAGAAAGGGUUUUCUGAUCGUUUUUGUAUAGUUUCACUGGACUUUUGGAAUAUGGGAUGGUGGGGAAGAUGGUUGUUAUAGUAUGGGGGGACGUGAUCAUGUAAAUGGAUGUUCAUGUCUUUUGUUGUACAUAAUCACCUCAAACAUCUCUGAUGAUAAGAGGCAGAUAAAGAUACAGUAAAAACUUCCCCUAUAUUUGAAUCUGUUUUCACAGUUAAA